AUGGUCAGGGCGGCGGAAAUGGCGACGGCGGCGAGAAUGGCCGGAGAAGGAUGUGUUGGGGAGUCUGAGGGGGCGGUGUCGUCGAUCACCGGUCCUUCGGCGGAUCCUGGAGCGGAACUCACCGGCGGCGCCGGGAAUAUGUCAGGCGACUCUGUUGGGGUCGCGGAAGUUGAGGGAAUGUUGGACGACGGCGGCGUUGCGCCGGCAGUCGGCGGCAAUUCCGGCUCCGGGGGAUUGGCCGGGGGUGAGGACUCCGGUGAAGGAGUAAUCACUUCUGCAGGCGGAGACGCCGCUGGAGAAUACGCCGGAGAGGCGGAUGGAGUGGCUGCUGCAGGAGUGGGACUCGCCGGAGAUGCCGCGGUGGACGACGGUGUCGGCGACGGAGAGACAGUGUUCCGCGGCGGAGAUGCUGGAGGAGAAGCGGAAGGGCUAAUUUUUGGAGAAUUCGCCGCCGGUGCCGGCGAAACCACCGGAGACUUUGUCGGGGACGAGUGA